GUCUGAGGUUGUACAUGCUGAAAGGAGGUCCACUGCGGGGACUGUUGACGACGUCGUUCAGACUGAGGUCGAUGGAGGGAGGAAGUGGAGGCAGUGAGUCACCCGGGAAGGACCAUCGGAAGUCUGCCGGCGGGGGCAAGGGCACUGACGGACACCUCAUCUGUCCCAAGUGUGGGGACCCGACAACCCACGUCGAGACUUUCAUGUGUGAGCACCCCACUCUUGCGUCAUCCAGGUUCGUCAAAUGCGGCAAGUGUGAUCAUUUCUUCAUGGUCCUGUCAGAGGUGGACAGCAAGCGCAGCAUGAAGGAGCAGAUGCGGGAAGAUCCCAAAGCUUCAUCUUACGUUAGGAAACCCCCUCCACCACCUAAAAAAAUCUACGAGUACCUGAACAAGCACGUAGUGGGUCAAGAGAAGGCCAAGAAGGUGUUGUCUGUGGCCGUGUACAACCAUUACAAGAGGAUAUACAACAAUAUCCCUGCCCAGAGCAACACGAGGCAGGACGUCACAGUGAUGGAGCAGAACAUAGGCGGACAGUCCGCCAGCUUCGUGUUCCCCAACAGAGUGGACUUCCUGAACCUGAGCAAUAUGGGGCUAAAUCCCGCAGCCCUGGGAGUAGGGUUCCAGCCAGAACCUUCAGCGGGCCAGGAGGUGCGCAGAGGACAACAGCCUUCCGCUAACGCCCUCGGCAGCGAUAUCUUGGACUCCAACAGUCACGAGCUGAGGCUGGAGAAAAAGCAACAUUCUGUUGUUGGGACCUACUGGCUCAGGUAUGUGGUACAUGGUAGGGAUGGAGUCUAGAGGUUUAGUGAGAAGAAACAGAGACAGCAUCGCUCAACCAAUCCUCUCGGCAGUGACAUCUUGGACUCCAACAGUCACGAGCUGAGGCUGGAGAAAAGCAACAUUCUGUUGUUGGGACCUACUGGCUCAGGAAAGACACUGCUGGCACAGACAAUAGCCCAGUGUCUAGAUGUACCGUUCGCCAUCUGUGACUGUACCACGCUGACGCAGGCCGGCUACGUGGGAGAGGAUAUCGAGAGUGUCAUCGCCAAACUGCUGCAAGACGCCAACUAUAGUGUAGAGAAGGCACAAGCAGGUAUUGUGUUCCUGGACGAAGUGGACAAGAUAGGAGCUGUACCUGGCAUCCAUCAGCUGAGGGAUGUGGGGCGGAGCGAGGGGGUACAGCAAGGCAUGCUCAAGAUGCUGGAAGGCACCAUCGUAAAUGUUCCUGAGAAGAACUCACCACGAAAACUGCGUGGUGAGACAGUGCAGGUAGACACCACGAAUAUCCUGUUCGUGGCAUCUGGAGCAUACAAUGGUCUCGACAGGCUGAUCAGUCGAAGGAAAAGUGAGAAG